AUGGCGACGUCCCUCUUUUCACAACAAUUACGCCCGUCGCUCUUCUCAUCAGAUACAGCUGGUUUUGUGUGCAAGACCUGCCGGCGGAAUGCCGCUUCAUUUCGAAGGACGAGAAAAGCGCUGCGCGUGAAAGUCGACCCUUCAUUUGCGCCCUCCAAGACGGCAACCGAAGACCACAUCAUCUUUAAUCCUCCAUCGAGCGCGCCAAAUGUCUAUCACACCCCCUCCAAGUUUCUACCCAAAUCGGAUCCCCGAAGAGCGCUCUACACCGUACCCAAAUCACCCGCAGAAGCACCAGCAGCACCCUCAGGAGUCUUGGCUUCAAUAGCUGCGGAAAGAGCAUCAUCAUCACGACCAGCAGCAACCCUCAAGCCAGUGAGACCGAUCCAGGAGAAGAAAUACCACCUCACACCAGAGCAAAUCGAUGAGAUACGAAGAUUAAGAGCUGAGGACCCCCGGCAGUGGACUCGGGUGAGGCUGGCAGAAAAGUUUGAGUGCUCGCAAUUCUUUGUGAGCUUAUGUUGCUCUGCUCCGGAGAUCAAGGCAGAGAGAGAUAGAGAGCUGGAAGAGAUCAAGGCAAAAUGGGGACGGAGGAAGAGGGAAGCCAGAGAUGCCAGGCAAGAGCGGAAGAAGCUAUGGGGACAGGAUGCCUAG